GACUAUAGAGUCUAUCGCACUAUUCCCUCUUCUCAUCAUCAAAAUCAUCAGCAUCAAAAACACUAUUACACAUUUACACUUAGACAAGAAAAGGGACAUCACAGAAAUGGCCAAAACCACCAAAACUCCUACCAUUUCAGCCGCAUUUAUACUUGCUGCAGCCAUAGUUUUGGUAGCAUUUCCUAUAAAGACAAGUGCUCUGUCACCAGCUGCAGCACCGGGGUCAUCAGGAGGGGUUGCAGCUGCUCCGGGGCCGUUUUCUGGCGCACCGGGUCCGGCAUUGGACUGCGUUUCAUACUUAAGCAACUUGACAGAUUGCUUGACCUACGUGUCGCCUGGAAGCAAGCAGACUAAGCCUGAUAAAGCAUGCUGCCCUGAGCUUGCAAAUUUGGUAGCAACACAGCCCGUUUGUUUAUGUGAACUUCUUGCUCAUCCUGAGAGAUCUCCUUUGCCUAUUGAUCUCCCCAAAGCCAUGGGACUUCCUGCUAUUUGUAAAGUGGAUGCGUCUCCCAGUUCGUGUUCAGUUUUGGGUGUCCCAGUUGGUGCUCCUGCUCCUGCUCCUGCUCCUGCUUCAGCUUCUGCGGGUGGUCCCUUAGGUUCAUCCCCUGAAACUUCAUCCCCAGAAGGGUCAGCUUCAAGUCCUACAUCUCCAAAAAACGGUGGACAAAGCACUACAGCCACGCAAAGACACUCACUUGUUGGCUUAGCAAUUGCUCUGUUUAUUAGUUUCUUCUGAUUUGACACAUACGUAAUCCAAAUUGAAGAUUAUUUUUUUUCAGUUGUCUUAUUUUGUAUUUUGUUCCAUCUUGAUUCUUGAGUUACACUAAUAAUUUAACUACCAUUCUUGGGAUUUACUGUAUUUUAGAGCAUUUAGAUGAUGAUUAUUCGAUCUUGUAAGUCCAUGUUUGUUUCCUUAUUAUGAACA